CAAGGAGGUCAACGCACUCCCGUCGCUGGAGUAAAAGCAAUGGCAUUCAGAUGAUCUCCGGUGCGUCUCCAAACGUCCUCAACAAUAUUCAACAUGGAAGCAGAUCAGUGGCACUCACAGAUAUCUGGAGCUGACUGUGUACCACACAAAGAUAUGCUGUCAGUCGGCUGAUACCGGCCGCCAUGUGGAGGCUACCUUCAGGACAACAGAAUCCAGAUAAAUUAGAUUAUUGGAUUGGCUGCCACAGAUUAUAGCUCACCUGCAUCCGCAAUGCUUCAUGAGAAACCCACAUCUAACUGAUCAUAUUUGACGCGGAGUUUAAGAAAAUAAGAAGGCUGGCAGCCAUGCUGACCAGCUUUAUAGAGGGUGUACUCUGCUGCCUGACCUCAAAGUCUGCCAACGUGGUAGUUCCUGUAGAAACGUCAGAACCAGCUGAUGGCUUCGAGUUUGUGGAGGUGAAACCAGGCCGUGUUCUGCGGGUUCGACACAUCAUCCCUGACCGACCGGUGGUGGAGGAACCCACCGGGCAGGGUGGGAGUGCCAGCUGCAAACGGAAGAUCACAGUUUAUCGCAAUGGACAACUAUUCAUAGAGAACUUGGGUGACAGGGCGAGUGGAGAGCUGAAAAACUACCAGAAUGGGGAUACAGAACCAAACAGCACUGUGGAGGUAGAGCUGACAGACAACUCACCUCCUGUCACCAUGCCUGAGCCCAUGUUUGAGUCUGCAAAAGACGGGACUUCUGACGGAGCAGCAGGAGGAGAUGCUCCCGCUGCUGCUCAGGCUGAGCAGUCGCAGCUUCCCAGGAGGCGCAGGCGUAAACCGAAGCGCACUGUGGUGAUUGACUGUGAGAGGAUGAUAUCAGCCUGCAGGGGGACACAUUCAGACGUGGCUCUGUUCUUCAUUCAUGGAGUAGGGGGGUCACUGGACAUCUGGGGGAGCCAGUUGGACUUCUUUUCUAGACUUGGGUAUGAGGUGAUCGCCCCAGACCUGGCAGGACACGGAGCCAGCUCGGCACCACAGAUAGCUGCUGCAUACACUUUCUAUGCCCUGGCAGAGGAUUUGAGACUCAUCUUUAAGAGAUAUGCACGCAAAAGGAAUAUUCUCAUAGGGCAUUCUUACGGUGUGUCGUUCUGUACCUUCCUGGCCCAUGAGUAUCCAGAGCAAAUUCACAAGAUGGUUAUGAUCAAUGGAGGUGGUCCCACAGCUCUGGAGCCCAGCCUCUGCUCCAUCUUCAACCUGCCCACCUGUGUGCUUCACUGCCUCUCCCCCCUGCUAGCCUGGAGCUUUCUCAAGGCUGGCUUUGCUCGACAGGGUGCCAGGGAAAAACAGCUGCUGAAAGACAACAAUGCCUUCAACGUGUCGUCCUUUGUGCUGCGUGCCAUGAUGAGUGGACAGUACUGGCCUGAGGGGGACGAGGUCUACCAUGCUGAACUCACAGUACCCAUCCUGCUGAUUCACGGAAUGCACGACAAGUUUGUCCCCAUAGAGGAGGACCAGCGCAUGGCAGAGAUCCUUCUGAUGGCCUUCCUUAAGGUCCUUGAGGACGGGAGUCACAUGAUCAUGAUGGAGUGUCCGGACCCUGUAAACACACUCCUCCAUGAGUUUUUCCUCUGGGAGCCGGCCGCUGUCCCUCUGCCAAAGAAAGAGUCCACAACACGCCCAGAGACUGCCAAAACCCAUUCUGACAACACAAAGGCUACAACUGACCCUGCCAAGGUCCGACCUGCCACAGCUCGGCAGGCCUCGCCCAACUGCAUCAAAGAGGAAAAGUCAGGCAGCUAAAACAAGAAAUGCCUGAAGAUCACAGCUGAAGCUUCCAGUGGUUGUUAUUACACUGUAAAAGAGCAGGCCAUGCACUCUGAGGGUCCUGACAAGCUGAGCUGGUUUUAGCCAGGUUAUCUGAAAUGUUCCAGCUUACGGCAGGAAAGUUUGAUUCUAGUUUUGUCAGCUGCCGUGCUGAAAGACAAAGAGGAGGAGCUCAAAUAUUGGGUUCAGAAGGUCCAAUCUUCAGCGUUCAGCUUCCUGUUCCUGUACAGACUGAAAGACAUAGCUGUGCCUUGAAGUGAAGGCUUUCCAAGAUGCAAGGGAAGUUGGAGCAAGACUUGAAAGAGAUACAAAAACAGGCAUGGUCGCAAAAUAAACAGUUAUCUAUCAACAAAAUGACGCAUUUGACUUUUCUGGAAACACGUGCCACACUGACACCUAUUUGAGAAAAGAUAACAGGUGAUUGCCUGUUCUGGCUUCUGCCCGUCACAUGGAGAAGAAAAGCAAAACAAAGCUCCUGGUGGAUUACCUGUUACACUGUAUCUGCUGUGAAGACACAGUAGAACUGACAGUAUUUUAGAACCAGCUGAAUUAGCCUAAUCUUUUGGCCUGGUUGAGUAUUUUCGCUCCAGAUAUUUAAAUGGAACAUAGUGAUACAUUUAAAUGAGCACACAGUGUUUAUUUUACACUAUGCUUUUGUUGGACGCUUCUCAGAGGUGAACCAGAACAGUUUUUCAGUAUGUUUUUUUAUUAAAAAAACCAAAAAACAAAACAAGAAGUAGCUCUACCUUCA